AUGGAUGUCACUAACGUGGAAACACUACUGCGAGUGAUAAGGGAUGGUGUCUGCCGGUUGGAGGCUACGCCGCAAGUCAUGGCUGCCAUAGAUCAGUUCCAGCAAGAUCCUUCGGUACUUGAAGACCACCUUGCGGAUUUUGUCCGCACCUUGACAGGUAAAUUCUUUGACCAAAUUCCACAGGCUCAGCAAACUGUGGCCAACAUCUUUUACACGCUCUCCAAAGUAUGCGGUGUCAAAAGGACCAUGAAGCAUCUGUCGACUGACAUUUUCUUACUACCAAAGAUCUUAAGUCACAUAGACACACUAAGCGACACCAAAAAUUGGAAAAUCUUGAUGCUUCUGCUGUCCUGGCUAAGGAUGGUACUGAUGUCUCCGUUCAAGCUGGAAAACGAUAUGGCUAUUUUUGAUAUGACGAACAAACUCAAAACUUCUCCAGUUUUAAAACCACUCGUCGCCGGGGUCCAUGCCGAGUUGUUCGCCAAAAAUUUACCCCUCUUCAAAGAUCACUACGCCAAAGAAGGAAUUGACUUGUUGUCUCUCAACUACACUCUGAAAGCCGUACUCAUACACACAAAGUCCAGAACUCCUGAGACAUUUCUUGACUCUUCAACACUCAAAGAGUUAACCGAAACAUGUUUGAAUACAGAAUCGGAACUGAGUGAGGCAAGGGUUGGACUGCUAUUGAAAGUUUUACCGAAGUUGUGUAGGCUCCACGCCGAACAAGAAUCUUGGGAACAGAUAGAGGAAAUCACAACUUGGUUUUUGAACAACGUGGCUCUUAGUUUCACCGAGCUGAGAUUCCAGUUAGCUCAUAGUUUUGCUAAGAUUGUUCAAUUGCUUGUGAACAUUGACCCUGCUUCAGCGAGCAGUUUAGUUGAGAGUAUUCUACAAGAAGUGAAGGAAGAACUCGAGAACAAUCCUAUAAAUGCCGUGGAUACUGAUAAAUUACACUCGGAGCUUCUUUUCAUCGCAGAGGUUGCCCGAAUUGGUGCUUUGGAUUCGAGUUCCAUAAAUGAGUUUUCUCAAAAUAUUUUGCCAAUAACCAUCAAGUUUCAGCAAUUGAGACUCAAUAAAAUAACUGGACAUCAGAUAAGGGAUGCUACCAAUUUCAUAUGUUGGUCAAUUGUAAGAAAUUGCGAUGUUAUACUUAACCUGGAAACAAUAUUUAUCAAUUUACUAUUGUGUUCGAUGUUUGAUCAUGAGCUAACGAUCAGGAGGUCGGCUUCAGCGGCCCUCCAGGAGGUUCUUGGAAGGUACGGGGUGACCUUGUUGGAUAGCGCAAGUGUCAUGAAACUUAUAGAGCUCCCAAUAUCCAGUCUCGAUGUUUCCUUCCAGAAAAAUGUUUCAGAGCUAAUCAGCGUUUUCCAAGAAUCUGCUCCCCGAUACGUUAAGCCUUUGAUUGACUGGCUUAUCCUAGACAACGUUUUUAAGAAUCUCAAUUUCAGAAUAGUAGAAUUAUCUGCGUCGUCAAUCAGUCAGUUGAUAAAGAGUGAAGGUUCCAAAAGACUUGAAGACAAUCUUUUGCAACCAAUCUUUCAAGUCGCUAAAGUUUUGAAUACGGUAGAAAACGAUUACAUGAAGGCAAGGUUUUUGUACUUAACAACGCAGCCAUAUCUUUUUCACAUCGAUUUGGUGAGAAAAUCGUGUCUUCAGUGCUUCAACUCAAUAGCUUCCAAUAUAAAUGAAAGAUCGAGAAACCUUCAAGAAGUGUUUAAGAUCAAGUCAUUCAUGAAGACUUUGAAUAUGCUCGCAACAGAGGAAGAAAAAUUACUGCAAAUAAUCAACUCAACAAUGAUUGACGCACUCUUCAGGGUAGUCAGAUUUUGCUCACCAUCUGAUUCUGGCUUUGGACAGAUCAAAGAAUGGUUUUUGCCAAUUGUCACUGUGAUGUUUUCACGGGAGCCUCACUCUAGCACUGCAGUUAUAUCUCAGCUUUUUGAGGAAAACUUCAAUCAAUUGGUGAAAUACAAUAACCCAUUGUGUUCAGCAGGGCUAGCUUAUACGCCGCCCGCAAGAUUCUCGGACUCUUUGCUCAAAGUUUGCCCACGCAUGGAUUGCGAAGCUCGUUGUCAAGUUAUAGAAGCCCUUUCAGACAAACUUCCUACAAUUGUAGAAUCACAAGGUGAACAGGUGCUCGAAUUAAUUUUAGGUUUUCUGGACGACUACACUUUAACCGAUCGCGGAGAUGUUGGGGGUAUAGUAAGAAAAUGCACCGCUACUUUAAUUGAGAAGCAAUUCCCGUUUUUCAUGGAGUUUAACCCCAGAUUGAAAAAAGAGGUAACCUCAAAGUUCCUACGAUUAAUAGCGGAGCCUACAGAUAAGUUGCGAGAAACUUGUUUUCGAGUUUUAGCCCGUGCUUACAAUUUCAAGGUUUCUCAAGAAGCCUCACACGAUGAAAACGUUUUUCAAUUUUACUCUGCGCAUAAGCAAAAAUUUGGCGAUGAGCUGUGGCAAGGUUACGUAUUUUCGUCCGGUGCCAUUUACUCAACUGACCAGCAAAUAGCCAGUAGUAUCGACUGCUUUCUCAACUUCUAUGAUGAAUUGCCUGCAGAAGAAAAGUGCGUCUUACUAAAGGAUCUUAUGCGCGUUACGCCAGCUUACUCAGAGCUGAAAAGCUGGCAACAAUCAACAAGCCACGUUAAUCGACUAGGUUGCCAAAAAAGAGACAUAAUGAAACAAGCGAUUGUGUGCGUGAAUUUUUGGCGUCGCGCGCUUGAAUCCGGAAUGUAUCUGCCCUCUGACUUUAGUUUGAAAGGAGCGUAUGCCAAGUUUUACAAUCUGCAUCUGUUGAGAAACACAGCAUUGAAAAGCGCCGUUCUGAAAUUAUUCCCCUUCAUUGCGGUCAGCUGCAAGGCAGCACAUUCUAAUGAAAAUGACCAAUUGAAGAAUGACAUUCUCAACCGUCUACAGCAGCUCGCUAAGCGCGCGAAUGGGGAAACAAAUGGGUUAACACAGCUUCAAACCGUGUGUCGCGAAGGCAUGGCGAUUAUCUACUUAGCGUUUGAUGAAAUAGACAAAUUAGAGGAAUUAAAGAGGUUUACAUCUAGCCAACCAGUAUAUUUGGAAGUUGCUCGUCGAAAAGUCACCAUCUAG